AUGCCCUCGCCGGCAUCUGCUUUGUUACUCCUACUUCCAUCCAUCUUCGCCAUACAGGCUCUCUCUCGCUCUCUACUCUCUUCUCCACCUUUUGCAUCCGCUCUUGCUCCGAGAGCUCAUCUCAAGAUCUACACGUGUCCUUUGGGAAUGCGGUUCGUGGUUGGCGAAGAGUAUCUCUUUGAGCACGGAGGUGCACAAUUCGGAGAUGUCAUACAUCGCAUCGCGAUGAGCUCUGCGGGCAUCAGCGGAGGCGCUGGCGGUGGUGUGGGUGUGCGGGUGUUGGCGAUUCCAAGACGCCAUCGCAAGGAGAUUGUUGAGAGAGGCGAGGAAGGUGGUAGCUUGUCUGAAGGACCAGAGCAAGAAGGCAUCUAG